AAGUUGAAGUCUGUCUUUAAAUCUAUAGUGUAAAUAAUUGGCGACCAUGCCCCUCAUAGUGAUGUGCGGUUUUCCCAGCAGCGGGAAAACUCGCCGGGCAGAAGAACUCAAGGUUUACUUUGAACAGACUUCAAAACUAAAAGUUCACAUUGUGGGAGAAACGAGUUUAGCGGUGGACAAAAACAGUGUAUAUGUUUACUGUUUAACAUCACACGAGCAGAGCUCCACGUGGAAUUCAAGCAGAGAUGCUACAGAACAGUACAACCAGGACAUUUGCGAUGCCUUAGUUCUGAGGUUUGAAGCUCCAGACUCCAGAAACCGAUGGGACAGUCCUCUGUUCACCAUCCUCCAAGACGACACGCUGCCGUUUGAAGCCAUUUCUGAUGCGCUGUUUAAAAGAAAAGCACCUCCUCCCAACCAGUCGACUCAGAGUCAACCACUGUCUUCUGCAAACUUCCUGUAUGAAUUGGACAAAAUCACUCAAGAUGUUUUAAUGGCUAUUUUCAACUCCCAGAAGACCAGUGUUCCUGGAGAUCUCAUAGCAGUUCCUGGAGCAACAGAAAAGAUCGAGCUGAACCGAGGCGUCAACAUGGCGGAGCUGCGGAAACUACGGCGCCAGUUCAUUAGCUACACCAAAAUGCAUCCGACGGAUAAGACGGGCCAGAUUUCCAACAUGUUUGUCCAGUAUUUAAACAAGAGCCUUCACUGACCUCCUUUAAGCUUGGUUAAUUUAAUUUGUGGCAAAUAAAAUAUUUAAAUAUUUUUAAAUA